AUGAGGCGGAAGAGUGAAGGACGGAAGAGUAUGUGGUCGCCAACGAAAGAGAAAGCGGAGAUCUCCAGAGCAAGACUUGGAGCAGCCGGCAAAAAACCGAGGGCACCGGAAGGCGGAGGAGAGAGACAACAGGUGCUAGCAACGGUGCUGGGCGGCGGUACGCGUCUGAAGGACGCCACAUCCGACCAGCAAGGGGUGGAGGACCAACUAGUUGAGGAUGCAGGUAACGGCAAUCAACCAGCGAGGGGCGUUGUGGCGGUGGAACAGCCCGUGGUGACGAUCAGACGGGUGCACUUCGAAGAUGAGCAGGUGUUCACGCGUGGGGUUGGCGAGACAGCACCGUUCAAGGGAGAGGAUCCUACGACAAAUGACCUCACUGCCGAGGUCAAAACCUCAGUAACCAGCUGUAUCAGGAUGGAAGCACUGCCCACGGAACAAGUGGACGCGGGGUGCCUGAGAGCUAACGGCAAGUAG